AUGUGGCGGCGACUGCUCUCUUCAUCUCAGCUCAAGGCCCUAACCCUAGCCGCCAACAGCGCCUCGGCUCCAUGCCGAUCGGCCACGGUACCUGCCCGCUGUCUCCUCCACAAGCCCCUUCCUCUCCUUCCUUGCUACUUCAGCACCACCUCCGAUGCUGCAAAACCUGGUGUGAAGAAGGUUGAGGAGGUAAUGCCCAUUGCCACUGGCCACGAGCGAGAGGAGCUUGAAGCUGAACUUGAGGGAAGGGAUGUUCUGGAAAUCAACCAUCCUGUUGGUCCUUUUGGCACAAAGGAAGCACCUGCAGUUAUCAAGUCCUAUUACGACAGGAGAAUAGUUGGAUGCCCUGGUGGUGAAGGCGAGGAUGAGCAUGAUGUUGUGUGGUUUUGGCUGACUAAAGACGAGCCGCAUGAAUGUCCAGUCUGCACACAGUACUUUGUGCUUGAAGUGGUAGGACCUGGUGGAUCUCCAGACCACAGUGAUGACCAUGACCAUCACUGA